GUCGAUCUUAAACCCCCACCGCCCGGUGACGGCACCACCCCUCCGCUCCAAGCCUCCAACCGCAGCAGCACGUCCAUUUCCCGUGCCCCUUCGUCCCUCCCUUCCCCUUCCCCCACGCCACCUCCCAGCGCCGCCCACCUCCUCGCCGCACGCCCGCCGGCGAUGGCGACGACGGAGGGCCUGGUGCCCAUCACGCGGGCUUACCUCGCUCGCUACUACGACAAGUACCCGCUGGCCCCGCUCCCCGACGCCGCCGUCGACCUCGCCGCCCGCCUACGCGCCCUCACUGCCGACCUCGCCGCCGUCGUCCCAAUCACCCUCGAUGAGGAACUCUUGGAACAAGAAGCAGCUGGCAUACCUGCACAUAAAAUUGAUGAGAAUUUGUGGAAGAACAGAGAACAAAUGGAAGAAGUUCUGUUUUUGCUCAAUAAAUCACGUCAUUCUGUUGCACUUCAACAGAAGUCCACCCCAGAAGACACUGAGAUAGUUUCUAUACUUGAUGACAUUGAAACUAAAUUGAAGGACAUGUUGAAGAAGUUAGAACAAUUUCAGUUGAAAAAUGCAGACAAUAUUUUUAAUACAGUUAUGACAUACAUGCCCCAAGAUUUUCGGGGUACUCUAAUCAGGCAACAGCGAGAACGCUCAGAAAGAAAUAAGCAAGCCGAGGUAGAUGCUUUAGUCAGUGCUGGCGGAAGUAUUCAUGAUCGAUACGUAUUGCUAUGGAAACAGCAAAUGGAAAGGCGGGUGCAAUUAGCACAUCUUGGUUCCGCAACAGGUGUAUAUAAGACUCUUGUUAGGUAUUUGGUUGGUGUUCCACAGGUUUUAUUGGACUUUAUUCGACAAAUAAAUGAUGACAAUGGACCUAUGGAAGAGCAAAGAGAACGUUACGGCCCAGCACUGUACACCCUUACCAAACUGGUGCUCGCAAUUCGGUUGUAUCUUCAUGUCUCUUUGGCACGAUAUGGUCAAAGGAAAAUAGAGAAGGAUGACAUUGGUGUGUUGCAGCAAGCUGUGGUUGUCUAUACCGAGGAAUUGGAGAAAUUCACUGAAUUUAUAGGUGAGGUCUUUGUGAAUGCACCAUUCUUUAUAUCUGCUGAGGAUGCAGGUGCCGCAGGUGCAAGGAAAAAUGAUGAAUACAAAGAAACUAUUAUUCCAGCUGGAAAGACACACGAGGUUAUUUUGAGUGUUGAAGCUGUAAACUCAUACAUUGCAUGGGAGUUUUCCUUGCAACAAGGGGCCCUCAACAUGGUGCUGGACAUUGGCUUUCAUGUGGAGUACAUUAGCCCUUCAGGAGAGAAAACUUUAGGUCAUGGAGCUAAAAUAACCAUUUUGUCCCUCUAAAGACUGCCCUGACCUACUAUUCUCUCAUUUCUGUAAGCCUCUACCAAAGAGCCGACAAUGGCAUUGGCUCAAAACAUCUUAUCAGGUUCCAGUUGCAGAGCCCCAUGGGUUUUUUUCCUUUAUUCCUGAAAUCUGACAUGUCCAAUCUAUUCAACCAUGUUUGGCUAGAUGCUAACUUAUAGUAUAAGGGAAAACGAUUUACAUUGUAACAGAAGAGCAGUCAAAACAAACAGAGCAAAAUUUCGGUAUAAAGUGAGCCAAUCUGUUAGUGGCAAAAAGCGAAGAACAAAAUUUUCUAAUCAUUCCCUAUACUACUCCACCCAAAAGUAUUUGAAAUUGCCUUCUAUUGGGGUAUGUUUUACUUGAUGGACGUUGUGUUUACUCUCUGGUCUGUGUUGUUCCACACAACUGGCGUAGUGGUGUGGCUAUUAACAAUGUUUUUACGUCGACAAGUCAAAUCAAAUUGCUGGCUACCACGUAAUCAAUUUGGACGACUAAUCGUCGAUUAGUCAUGACUAGUCGAUGGCUAGAUGCUAGUCGAUGCUACUCGGUGUAGGUGCUAGUCGAUGCUACUCGGUGUAGGUCUGUACCGACCAGGCCAUGUAUACUAGGUUUUCUCGGUAACCGCUCGGUUUUCUCGGUAACCGCUCGGUGUAGGUCUGUACCGACCAGGCCAUGAUUUCCAAAAUUCGAUGUUACCGAGAAAAAAUUGCAAUAACCGGCCAUCUCGGUCCGGCUCAGUUUCAGAAACCGAACGGUAACCGAAUUGAAUUCAAAAAAUUCGAAAAAAUAAAAAAUUCAAAAAAAAUCUUUAAAAAAAACUAGACACAAUUCUAAAGACCUUUUGUGAAAAAACAAUUUAAAAAAUAAUGUCGUUUGCAUCAUAUUCUACAGGGAGGAAGUUUGAAAAAAAUGAAAAAAGUUGAAGCGUGCGGCUCAGUUAUUAAUUCAUGUUAUGGAAAAGUUUAACAUGCAAACACAUAUUUUUCUUGUGUAGAACGUAUCUUAAGAGGAUCUUUAAAAUUGAUUUCACUUUAUUUAGAGUUUCAUUAAUUUCUCUAUGAUUUUUACAAAGUUCACAAGCAUAAAGUGAAUAUGUUAAGAAACAACACUGUAAUUAACUUUUUCAUGUCUACUAUUAUUUUUCAUAUGUAAAUUAUAGUAUAAAUAAACUAAUAAAAGUGGUGUCAUUAAUUUUUGACGUGUGAUGGAUCAGUUAUGAAUUAAUCUAGUAGCAACACAUUUACACAAUUAUGCAUGGUAUAAUAACUAAUUCAUGAGUUUCAUGAUUUUUGGAUUAGCAAAGAAUAAACUAUGCAUUUAACUUGGUGUAUAUUUUUUUUGCAAUUUCAAAACAAUGCUGGACAAGCAACUAGCAAGUAGCAGACUAGCAUAGCACAAGUAGCAAGUAGCGUAUUGCCCAUAAGGGGUAGCAGACUAGUACUAGCACAUGUGUAGAGCACAAAUCGCACACGAGUAAUGAUCAAAUUGCACACAAGUAGCAGACAGCAGUAACCCAAUGGAACACUCACCGAGGAGGAGGAGGAGGAUCUGCUCAUCUUUGUGCUUGGCGGCAGCAGCAGAUCGGCAGACUGCAACAGUAGAGAGCAGCAGAGGGCGGUGAGCUGUAGAGGGCACUGGCCGACCGGGUGAGGGAGGAGAGGAUCAGGGGACCAGAGGAGGGAGAAGCACCAGAGCCGGACCACCGGAGGUCUACCGGCCCGGGAGGCUGAGCUUGGGCGGGAGGAAAUUUUCCCCUCCCGCUCGUGCUCUCUGCUAUAGGCAGCUGGUGAAUUAUGAAAUUUGGGCUAGGGUUACAGCUUGGUACCAGUUAUAUAGGAGGCAUGUUAGUGGGCUGGGCUACAACGCUUCAGUGGGCUCAAAAUGACCCAAGUGCUGCCUGACUUGGACGACUAAUCGCGAUUAGACGACGAUUUGAUGAUGCGUAGUCCGACUAGGCUGCCAGUCGAGUCGAGGUAGCUAGUUGGAGCUCAUAUACCGAGUGGACGACUAAUCGCCGACUAAUCAUCGAUUACUCGACGACUUGAAAACAUUGGCUAGUAAUCAACUAGUUGCUUUUUUUUUU